AUGUACACAACAGGCCACAUGGCACUCCGUAACAGAAUACUGAUUUCACUCUGUGUUGGUAUCAUAUUCACGGAGUUUGUGUGGUGCCAGACUUCCAAACCAUCCUCCAAAGUGUUAUAUUUGAGAUUACGAGACGGAUCCGACCAUACCAACGGUCGCGUGGAAGUUUCCAAGGACAACCUCACGUGGGGGACAGUAUGUGAUGACUUCUGGGAUGGCGCUGCUGCAGACGUGGUGUGUCGGCAGCUAGGAUUAUCAUGGGGUAUGGCUCACCCUCUAGCUUACUUCGGACCUGGAAAACCGGAUCAACAGAUAGUAUUGGACGAGGUAAUAUGCAAUGGAUCCGAGGAAUCACUCCUUGACUGUCGAACAAACCCAUGGGGUCAGAAUAACUGUAACCACCAAGAGGACGCUGGAGUCUCCUGUUUCGAAGACAAAGUUCGACUGACCAAUGCCAAAUUACAACAUAACGUUGGAUCAGUGGAGAUUUUUUCGGACCAUCGCUGGGCGGAAGUAUGCAGUGAUCGGUCGUGGGACAAUACGGACGCUGGAGUGGUAUGCCGACAACUCGGAUAUACUUCGGGAAAGGCAUUAUCAAACGUGUCCAAGGAUUCUCCGGAAUAUGAGAUCUGGAUACUGUACAAGAAAGCUUAUUACAACUUCACAUGUCUAGGGAACGAAACAACACUGUUAGACUGUGAGAGGAGGAAGUUCUCAUCGUCCACAUGUCAUCAUAACUUCAUGGCUGGUGUGAUCUGUUAUAACACAACGCUGGAUAUGGUUAAUAACACAUUCGAUAUGAGAAUAUCGAACGGCCAUUACGGUAGAGUAGAAGUGCGCCACCUAGGGGAAUGGGGUCAUGUGUGUUAUCAUGACUGGGGUCCGACGGAAGCAGGACUUGCCUGCACCCGACAAGGCUUUGCUGGCGGGGUGGUUUACGGGACCAACAUCACGGAGGACAAAAUCGGCUGGCAUUUGCAUCGCAAUUGUAAAAUCACCGACACAUCUUUGGAAGCUUGUCUCGAAAAUGAUCAGGGUGUGUGGACGCCAGUGUUCAACUGUAAGGCUGCAUCCGUGCUCUGCUACAAACAGUCAGCGCCUAAAAUUAGUAUCACGGACACACACAUUGGACGUGUGGACAUCAAUUACGAUGGUAAGGUAGGAACAAUUUGCGGUACAGACGGAUGGACAGACAAGGAAGCAGCUGUUUUGUGCAGACAGCAGGGGUUUGCGGAUGGACAUACCCUUGCCAGUGUCCCGAAGGGCCAGGGCAAGAUCUACAUGUCCUCGGUGACUUGUAAGGGUACGGAGAAAUCCCUACUGAUGUGUAACAAUACUGGAUGGGAUGAAGAUCCGGACCCAGAGUGUCGAUCUCAUGCGCUAGAUGUCGGCGUCGAGUGUUACAGACACAUUCGUCUCGGUCGUCAGAUGUCGGAAUCAGUUGGGUUUGUAGAGGUCUAUCAGAAUGGGUCGUGGUUUGGCCUCUGUGGAGCAGGGUUCAAUGACGUCAGCGCCAGAGUUGCAUGUGGUAUGCUUGGAUACGAAGACGGAAAAGCCCUGCCGCAGGGAGGGUACGGAAAGUUUUACUUCAAGAUUAUCAGGGCAGGUAUCAACUGUACUGGUGACGAGAAAACAAUUUUCGACUGCCCCUACAACAAGGGCGCCAACUGCCCCAACAGUUAUCAUGGAUACGCUGUCAUUUCCUGUUUUAAUGGAUCAACAUCAAAAGACCCGGUAAUCUCACUCCAGUCACGCGAGCCAGGGAAACCGAGUUAUGGUCGGGUCUCCGUGUCACGUUACAAUGUGGCGGGACAUGUUUGUUCCUCUUUCUGGCUGGAUACUAAUGCUGACGUGCUAUGUCGUAGUCUUGGUUACAAAGGUGGGCGGGCCACCAAUUACCACCGUGACCAGCGGGUGCCAAUCGUAGUAACGGACUUCCUGUGCAAGGGGACGGAGUCUUCGUUAACUGAGUGUAUGGAAGAAACGGGAAUCUGCUACAGUAACACGGUUGCUGGGGCCGUCUGUUACAACCAGUACGAUUUAAAGGUGAAACUAGUUGGCGGAGAUCAUUACUUUGGACGAGUUGCAGUAACUAUAGAUGACGAAGAGGGCACGGUGUGUGAUAGAAGCUGGGGCCAGAACGAAGCUGAGGUAGUUUGCAAGGAGCUUGGUUUCGUCAGCGGGGAACCAUACGAAGUAACUCCGGGAACCGGUGAGGUGUUUCUAUCCGACGUGUUUUGUACUGGUACUGAGGCAUCGCUUAUCGAGUGUCUGUCUAGUGGAUGGCGUUCUCCGGACAGACAGACUUGUGGAGCUGGGUACCAGUCGGUCGGAGUCUACUGCUUUGGUAACGUUCGUAUCGUUGGCGGGAAGAGCACACUAACAUUUCUGGCUGGAAGGGUCGAGAUGAUACUGACCAAUAAGACGCACUGGGUUAGCGUCUGCGCAGAUGGGUUCCAUCAGAGUGAGGCAGAUGUAGUUUGUCGAGAGAUCGGAUUUAGUUCAGCACAAGUUCUAGCACCAGGGUCGUUCGGUUCUAUCAACUCACUGACUUACGUAUCGAAUACUAAGUGUAAUGGAUCAGAAAGCUCUCUUCGAGAUUGUUCAAGUGACAGCCAAGGAAUCUGCGUGUCUCCUUCAUACAACUACGCUAGCAUCCUCUGUACCAAGACUGAUGCGGACCCAGGUACAAAGGUUUACUUGUCGAAUGGUUACCAUGGUAUGGUUAUGGUGGAAAGGUAUGGUAUCAAUGGUACCGUCUGUGUGGAUGGCUGGGACGAACGUGAUGCAAAUGUCACGUGCCGGUCAUUCGGAUAUGCAGGGGGUGUGGUGUUAGGACCCCCAGAAGUUUAUUCUCGUGGGAUGCCGGUCUGGUUUACUGACUUCAAGUGUAGCGGUAUAGAAAAACGCCUGAGUGAUUGUAAUGUCAAUACUUCUAUCUCCCUUAACUGCAUACAGUCAAUUAAAAACGCAGGAGUCCUCUGCUACAAUGGAACAGGUGUACAGAUACGACUGGCGGAUGGGAAACGGCACUACGGGCGUGUGGAAGUGUCUUACGAUGGGACAUGGGGCACAAUCUGUGACUACGACUGGACUAAGUAUGACGCAAGGGUUCUUUGUAAGCAGCUUGGAUUUCCUGACGGUCGGUCAUUUAAACAGUCAUAUUACGGACCCGGCACAGGUCCUGUGUAUUUGUCUGGGAUGUUCUGUGAUAGCUCCGAAUCAUCGCUAUUGUCGUGUCCUAGUCGGGGUUGGAAUAAUGCCCAAUACUACUGUAAACAACACGGACAUGACGCAAGUGCCUACUGUUACCGCCCAGUGAGCAGCGGAGGAGGGGAGGAUUACGGCGGAGUCCAGGUUUGGUCUAAGAGUUCCUACGGUAUGGUGUGUAGUGACGGAUUUGAUGACCUUGAUGCCACAGUGGCAUGUCGGGACAUGGGUUAUGGUGUCGGAGUCAGUCUAUGCUGCUCGGCAUUCGGGAACGUGGAUUUCAUGCUGGCUAAGACUAACGUACAAUGCACUGGUCGAGAGGCCAGUUUAGCGGACUGUCCCUCAGACAAGGGUAUCGGCUUCUGCGAGAGCGGUACAUACGCAUCUGUUGUAUGCUCGGACAAAACGCCUUCAUUAGGUUAUGGUCUGUCACUUGAGAAUGACCACUUUGGACGUGUACAGGUCAGAUACUUUGACCAUGACGGUUAUAUCUGUGCUGAAGGUUUUGACGAUAAUGACGCCAAUGUUAUUUGUAAGCAGGCUGGGUAUUUAGGUGGAUUUAGCUACGUGGCUAAAAACAAGGAAAAGUGGGUUCUUUUCAGCAAGGACAUCCGAUGGUUGAGAAAUCUUACCUGCAACGGGACCGAAUCACACUUGGGCCAGUGUGGCAACCUUGACUGGGGCAAUAUCGGCAAAUGUUCGCAACUGAAGUUUGCUGCGGUGUUCUGCUAUGUAGAUAAAGAAAGUGUUGGUCGUGAUAUUGACUUGGUUGGAGGUAAAACACCAUCGGAGGGACUGGUCAAGGUCAAGAUAAACGGCACGUGGGGAACAAUGUGCGCCUGGUCAGUUGGUAAUUCAGAGGCCACGGUACUAUGUCGUCAGAUGGGUUACACUUACGGUGUGUAUCUAACCUCCAGCCCGUCUCCUGAUGAAGGACCAGUAUGGAUAGGUGCUAUAUCAUGUAUGGGAAACGAGUCUUCCAUUUAUGAAUGUAUGGUCGAGUCUUUGGGUGAGGAUCCGGGACGAACAUGCUCAUCACACAAACAUGAUGUCAGCAUCAAAUGUUACAGUAACGUGCGCCUGUCCGGAGCGGCCAAGCUCUCCAACUACGGCCAGCUACAAUUCUAUAAUGGAACAGGCUGGUACUCCGUAUGUGACAAGAAUUUUAAUGAUUUGGAUGCUCGAAUAGCCUGUCAGUCAAUGGGGUAUCAAGAUGGGCAUGCGCAAUGUUGCUCUGCACUCGGUAGCAAGUUUUUGACUGCAAGGCCUAUAGGCAUUUCUGGCGUGGACUGUAUAUUGGAAAACCGGAAGUUCAGCGACUGUCGACAUGAAUAUAGAACUUGUGAGACAGGUCAUUACGUGACCCUUGCCUGUCUCGAUGAUGAUAUCACGAGCUACGACAUGGCGGUGCGUGUCCCGGACUCCUUAUUUUACGGCUCCGUGGAGGUACAACGGUAUGGUAUCUGGGGGUCCGUGUGUGAUACGGAUUGGGAUCACGAAGACGCCACGGUUGUUUGUAGAGAGCUGGGUUUCAGGAACGGUAACGCCACCAGGACGGCGAUGAGUGAUGGCAUACCCACGAUUUUAGGUAGUGUUCACUGCAACGGCACAGAGAAAAGACUUCAAGACUGUCAAAUGGCUUCAUUCAGAGAUAGUCACAAUUGCAAUGGGCGCAAUACUCGGGCAGCUGUUGUGUGUUCCAAAGAUGAUGCUGGAGUCCAAUUCCGGAUCGGUGACGAGGUGGACGGAAGUGGCAGGGCGGAACUGUUGAUCAAUGGUCAGUGGGGUUCUAUAUGUGAUAGGCUAUGGGACGACCGGGAUGCUGAUGUAUUCUGUCGACAGAUCCCCGACUACGUCGGAGGCAUGGAGGUUCGCCCUAGACGAGAUGCGGCACAUGAUGUAAGCAUAUGGAUGACGAAUGUCGGCUGUCAUGGCAACGAAACGAACUUCCUCAACUGCAGGGCAUCGUGGGGUCUGUCUCACACCAGAUACUGUUCUCACGGGACUGAUGCUGGGGUCGCAUGUUUUAAGUCAGUGAGAUUAAAUCGAGGCAACUACAAAAACAACGGUAUUUUGGAGGUGUACCUUCAAGGGUCCUGGGGUACUGUGUGUGCGAGUGGGUUUCACCAAACAGAAGCAGACGUGGCUUGUCGGAGUUUACAUAACUUCCAGCAUGGUCUUCCCUUGUGUUGUACACCUUACGGGUACAGCUUCCGAAACGCUGUCGUCGGUCGGUUCAAUUGUGACGGCAGCGAAAAUCACAUUACAGAGUGUAACAAGACCGAGGUAUAUCGGGAGACUGGAUGUCAUUCGCAAGAUUAUACAUCCAUUGUGUGUUACAAUGGAACAAGGACUGAAGACUACUCCUUGCAGCUGGUUGGUCGUUCCUCAUACACAGGCCAGGUAAACCUUACUUACUUGGGAGUUGAAGGGCGGAUCUGUGUAGACGAAUGGGACGAUGCCGACGCUAGGGUAGUGUGUCACGAACUAGGAUACCCUAAUGGCAUGGCAUACCACCACUACAAGUCGGACUUAGUCUUCUUUGAGUACAGCGGUCCCUACUGGACAUCCAACGUCAACUGUGUUGGGAACGAGUCUCGCCUGUCCGAAUGCUCUCAUGUAGGAUUUGGCAAGGUCAAAUCCUGCAUGAAUAACUCCUAUGCUGGUGUCCUCUGCUACAACAAUGAUGGUAUAUAUUACAAAUUGAUGGGCGGUGACAACAGGUACGGUUACAUAAACGUGUCUGUACGAGGCCAAUGGGGCACAAUAUGUGGUCGAUACUGGGAUCGACGAGAGGCCGAUGUCUUCUGUCGACAGCUAGGUUACAGUACAGGCGAUCCGCGAUAUGGACCUUACAAUACCAUGGCAACAGGCACAGUAUGGGAAGCCAAUUUCCGUUGUCGUGGGAGGGAGGACAGUCUUAAUAAGUGUUCGCACGAGGGCUGGAUGGUCAGCCAAUCACAGUCCUGUCUUAGUCACAAAGAUGAUGCAGGCGUAUUCUGUUAUACAAACGUGAAAUUAUCAAACGGAUUUGGGAAGCUGGCUCAUACGGGCGCAGUCAUGCUUUAUCGGAAUAACACUUGGCUCCGUGUAUGUGACACGGGUUUCAACGAUCAGUCUGCACGUCUUGUCUGCCAGGAACUGGGAUACACAGAUGGACGUGCUAUGUGUUGCUCCGCAUACGGACGAACAACGGAACCAGUUCAAACCAACUUCACAUUGCGAUGCUCCGGACAGGAAAGGUCUGUCCCAGAAUGUCUUAGAGAGGAGAAAUGUGACAGCGAACAAUAUGCAUCUGUCGUCUGCUUCCACAAAGAGGAGGCGGGGAGGAUGGACGAAGGGAGCUACAAGUUUAAGUUAGAGGACAAGAGUAAAGGACAGAUAUUGGUGGAUCACUUCGGGGUUCAAGGUCGCAUCUGUGGUUUAGACUGGGACGAUAACGACGCCAAAGUAAUAUGCCGUCGUCAAGGUUUCCAGUCCGGCAUUGCAUACCUCCAUGACGAGAACUCUGUAAUGGAAUCCAUGAGGGGUCCGUAUUGGCUCAGUGGUUUCAACUGUACCGGAAACGAGGCGUCCUUACUAAGCUGUCCACACAAUACACAGUUAACUCUAGGCAACUGUACCACGUCACACAUAGCGUCUGUUCUCUGCUACAACGAAACUGGUCUUUCGUACCGCUUAAGUGGUGGUGGGAAGAACUACGGGCGUGUAGAGAUCGCAAUAGACAACACAUGGGGAACAGUAUGUGAUGCUUAUUGGGAUAAUCGUGAAGCUAACGUACUUUGUCGACAACUUAACUUCACGGAGGGAGUGGCCAUAGCCGGGGCAGCUUACGGGAUGGGCAAGGGCGCCAUCUGGUUGAGUCAUGUUCAGUGUACUGGCAAAGAGAAUAAUCUUCACAAUUGUCCACACAGGGGUUUCAACGACCAGUUCACCGAGGCCAGCUGGCUGCUUCCUGUCAUUUGUGACUCUCACAGGGACGACGCUUCAGUUUUCUGUUAUCAGAACGUGCGUCUAAAUGAAGGCUACAACUCCCGAAUGGGUGGUCUUGAAAUUUAUCGAGACGGAGAGUGGUACGGUGUAUGUGAUGAGGGGUUCACCAACUUCGAAGCUAAAGUCGCCUGCCUCAGUCUUGGCUUAAAUUACGUCGAUGGGCGUGCAAUAAACGGGUCGGCGUUCGGUAACCUGACAGGACGCAUCGGAUUUACAAACAUGAAGUGUCGUCCAGGAGAAACCGACAUCACAAAGUGCUUUAGCAAGUUCAAUGGCACGUGCAGCAGUAAUAUGUACGCUUCCGUGUACUGCAGUAACACAACGGUCAUUGACACAGGUUUUAAGGUUCGGAUCGCCCCUGACAGUCUUUCUAGUCAGGUGCACGGUAUUCUCGAGGUCCGACAAAAUGGAAUCUGGGGGCGAGUGUGCAUGCAUGAAUGGGACGACAGAGACGCAAAUGUCGCUUGCAAACACCAGGGGUAUGCCGGAGGUCUGGCAUACUUACACAUCAUGAAGAACCGGCGCCCAAUUAUGCUGCGAAGUGUUCGAUGUAGUGGUAGUGAGGACAGACUAACGGACUGCCCCCACAACCCACACCCAGAUCUCGACAACUGUAACUUCAAUUCUAACGACGCGGGUAUUUUGUGUUACAAAAAAUCAGGUAUGAAGUACCGAUUGAAUACUCGUAAACAGCAGCCGUCAUCAGAGGGUCGCGUAGAGAUAUUCUAUGAUGGUGUUUGGGGCACAGUAUGCUCCUGGUCAUGGCAGUCGGCUGAUGCAAAAGUAUUGUGUCGUCAGCUCGGUUACCAAGACGGUAUCGUUAGCUACAAUGUAGAAAAAUCCCUACCCAAGAUCAAUCGCUGGGUGACCGGCUUCUUUUGUCAGGGCAAUGAGAAGACAAUGAUGACGUGUCUUAAUACUGGAUUCAAUUCAUCGUUUCUUGAUGAUCUGUGUAUGUUUAACGAACCUGGGGCAUACUCCGCCUGUUACAACGAGACGGUCGUACCAACUAAAGUCCAUCUGAUUGGGGGCAAAGAUAGCCUGUCUGGCCGAGUAGAAGUUUUUAUAAAAGGACCUAACCAGUGGGGCACUAUCUGUGAUGACUUCUGGGACGACCUAGCGGCUAGUGUCGUAUGUAGGCAGCUCAAUUUCGCUGGAGGAAAGGCUGUAAAAGAUGCUGCAUUCGGACGGGGGACGGGUCCGAUCUGGUUCGACAACGUUCGUUGCCUAGGAAACGAGAGCUCCAUAUUUGAAUGCAGCCAUCGAGGAAUUGGAACACACAACUGUAAUCACACUGAAGAUGUCGGUGUCAUGUGCUGGGAUUACCCGCCGACCACUUUGAGUCCUUCACCUAUAACAUCAAUGACCACAACGAAACCAUUACCCACGACAACAACGACCCCAUCAAAAACAACAACAGCAACAACAAGAAAGCCUACAACAACAAGGACAACGACCAGGACAACACUAAGGCCAACGUAUACGUCUCUUACUACAACACUUACCGUCACUACCACAACACCUAAACCUACCACUACAUCGUCUACCACGACCAGCACCACGACUACUAAAACUACCACACGUCAAUCCUCGAGUAUUUCCAGUACCAGCAAGACCACGAAUAAACCUACCGCUGUAACUACCAUUAACACUACCAUGAGUUCCAACUUGACGGUAGGCUUACAAAAAUCCGGAGUUUCAGAAGUAUCAGGCGGUGCCAUAGCCGCGUUUGUAGUGGUGAUUGUUGUCAUCCUCACCAUAACUAUAGUAGCGACAGUGUGCUUUGUAAAAAUCAGAAAGUUACGGAAAGCUAAAGUUCCUCACGAACGUUUCCAUGACGAUAUAAUUGAGCAUUCACAGGAUGGCAGUUUAGCCAUGAGAAAUCAAAUGUACGACGUUAAUGUACAACCGUCCGCGAAUGGUUACCACGCAGAUACACAUAAGGACAAUAACGUCACAUUGUCUAGCAAUGGCGACGCUGUCUACACAAAACCCAGUGCUGGGCAGCACGAUUCGUCUCACGCAUUCGCCAAUCCUUUAUAUGAUCAAAUGAAAACCGAAAAUAUUUCUGGAAAUAAGUUAGAAUCUUUACCCGAACAUAAAGAAUUAGAACUGAAAAUAGUGGAUUCUCAUGCUUGA